GCAGAUUGCAGAAUAGAAACCCUCCCCAAUUCCACUUUGUGUUUAUAUAUAUUUUUUGAAUACUUAUACUAUAGAGGGAAAACUGUCAACCCUAUCCAAAGUGCAGGACCAAAGAGAAAUAAUGUAUGCUUUUGUGAGGUUCUUGGAAGACGAUAUGUGCUAUGCUUUACCUGCUUCAAAUGUGAAAGAUUUUAGACCUCUGCACAAAACAGAUUUUGAUAAUCAGGUGUAUCUGGUUCUCAGAACAGAAGAGAAUGGUGCAGGCCAGCCGGGCAAAGCACAGAUUCUUGCCCUUGCAGAUAACAUUGAUGAGUUUGAACAUAAUAUAAUUCAAAAGAAGAUGAAAAUUCCUAAGAUGUCGACAAGGAAUAUGGGAAAUUUAGUUGAGAACCACUUUGGGGAGGAACGACUGCCACUGAGACAUAAAAAGGCCCAGACACAGGACAAUGGGCGUCCCACAGGCAACUCCUCGAAGAGCCUGGCAGCGGUGGUGGCCCGCCUGGAGAGGAACGCUGUGAGUUCCUGCAUAGAGGGAGAGGAUGACCUGGAGGAGGACCGACUGGCUGAGUUGGAAGAAGAAGAGGAUGGUGACUCUGGGCCUGAGAAGGCGGUGGUACCGCGGGUUCUGUAUGAGGAGCUGGUCCACAGCUACAGGCAGCAGGAGGAAGAGAUGAGGAGGCUACAGCAGGAGCUGGAGAGAACCCGCAGGCAGCUGGUCCAACAGGCCAAGAAGCUGAAGGAGUAUGGCAACCUGCUGACAGAGGUGAAGGAGCUGCGUGACUUCAACAGGAGGCUGCAGGACGUGCUCCUCAUGAGGCUGGGCAGCGGUGAGAGACACACACUCUCCAGUCACCUCUCACUGCAGCCUGCCAUGCACGUUUGUUCAGAGCCUAUGCAUGACAAUGGCACUCAGACAAUCAAAGUGGAGGUGGUGGAGCCCAUCAUUGAGCCACAGGAAGUGUGCAGAGAAGAGGCCAAUACCAGCUCCAGCCACUCCCCCUCCCCAAGAACAGUCUACACUUGUAAUGAUGGCAAGGUGCACCUGGGCGGGGGCAUCUGGGUGCAGGAAGAGAAGUGGCAUCAGCUACAGAGGACACAGGGAGACUCCAAGUUCACCAAGAACCUGGCCGUCAUGAUCUGGGGCACUGAGACGCUCAAGAAUAGGAGUGUCACUGGCGUGGCCACCAAAAAGAAGAAAGAUGCCCUUCCCAAGCCCCCCCUCUCCCCAAGCAAGCUGAAAAUAGUCAGAGAGUGUCUAUAUGACAGAGUGUCUCAAGAAACGGCAGACAGCGCAGAGAUCACACAAAGAUUGUCCAAAGUGAACAAAUACAUCUGUGAAAAAAUUAUGGAUAUCAACAAAUCCAUCAAGAACGAGGAGAGGCGGGAAUCGAAGCUGCUCAUUAGACAAACUGUCAAGAAGGAGAAUUUCACCUACGAUGGCAUGUAGUGUCAUAAAGUUGUCACCAUACUGUACCUCUCAUUUUCUGGUGGGUAGGAUCAUGUGUGCCAGCACUAGAGAUUCUCAGUGGGCGCCCAAUGCCCUAAACAAUCCUUCAGCUGUAAGACAGCUUUACCUGCCAGUCAAUGCAGUGAGUGGUUGAGCGCUUUGGUAUGAGUCAUAUGAACUGGUGUGAGUAUUUUUCUAGGCUUUAAGUAGGACCGGGUGGACAUGGGUUUUAGAGAUGUUUUUGUGUGGAGAGAUUCUUAAAGCAAUCUGGUUGUUAGAGAAUGCAGUCGCGCUCAAAUCAAAUGUUCUGUGUCAGAACAUGACAUUGAGUCCUAAUAUUCUUAGUGAUUUCCCUUGAAAAAUAAGUAUUCUGAUUGUAAGAAGAUAUUCUGGAAUAAUCAUGCUAGUGUGUGUGUGGUGGUAGAAAGGUUAGCCAUGAUGAAGGCCUUAGUGUAGAGGUCUCUGUGUGCUAUUGGUACUUAACGUGUCGUGGGGGGGAUGUAAAGAUCCACUUUUACAACAAGGUCUUAAUUGAUAGAGGCCACCUUGCACAGAUAUUCUGUUGUCCUAGAGAUUAUUGCUGUGUAUCUUCCAUGGAAAUAUGCCAUUUGGAUUUCCAUAGUAUAGAGCGCCAAUUUACAUUAACAGUUUUGUAAAGAGGUUUAUCAUUGUUUCAGUGUGGUGCUUGUCCACAUCAGACUGGGAAGAUACAGUAUGUUAUUUUCUGGAUACUGGUUUACAGUAUUUAUCUAUCCUACUUGAGAGAUCCAACUUUAGAUUUGAUUUUACAUAAAUGUGAUUGUGGUAGUUAUCUUUAUUCAAACUGUCCUGCAGAUCAUUAAAUUGUUUUGGAGUUGUGGUACAAGAGUUUAAGCCCAGAAAGGCCUUAGGAUAUGGCAAUUAUUGGGGACUGUCCUCAAGUUUUCUAGUAAGCUGUGAUUGUAAAGUAAAGCUGAUAUAGCUUUAAACUGCACUUUGGUGUCUGAAUGUGAAAAGUUGCCAGAUACUGUGUUUGGCUGUGGGUAAAGCUGUCUGCAGCUGUCAGUGUUAUGCUAGAUCCCCGUGGGCUUGGAUAAAGCAGACUUCCUGCUCUCUCACAGCCCUCUUCUUUGAGGCACACCACUUGGAAUGAAAUAAGGUAUAGUGACAACUUCCAAUGACAUGCCAUCAGAACUUUUCAAAUGUCUUUGUUUUUCCCCAAACGGCUUGUCUGGCUGUCUGCAAUCUGGAAUAAAACGCUGCAGAUUGAAUUCUCAACUGUGACCAUGUGGCUAACUGUGAAUCACCUGCAGGUCUGCCUGGCAAGCCUUUUUUUCUCCUCACUUUCUAUUUUUGUUUUUGUGUCUGUCUAUGGUUUUUCUUUAUAGUUCUUACUGUUCGGUCAACCUUUUGUUAAGCUACCAUAUGUGGGGAUAUUUUAGUGUAUAUAACUGGUCUUUUUUCACAAAUCGUGGAUUUUCAGUUUUUAGUCCGAUUUACACGUUACCAUGUUAAACUCCUGUUGGGUCUAUUUUUUUUUGUCUGGUUUGUUAUUUGACAUUGCAAUUCCUUUGUUACCUGGUGAAUCUUUUUAUGUUUGUUUAUUUUCAUAAUCAUUGUUGGCUUUAAGCUUGAUAUUGUAUCCAAAUGUAGAUCAGAGGCAUCUAAAGUCAAAGAAAAUAAGUGUCUCAUGUGAACUCUGUGAAAAAUGAACAAAAGAAACAAGACAAACCACAACACUCUGACAUAUCUUAAGUUUCCCCUGUUUUAAGGAUUGGUUGUAUUAGCACAUCAAUCAUUGAAUGCACUUUAAAUCUCUUGUGACAGAUUAUCUAUUUCCAAAGAAAUUGAUUUGUUUGCAAAAUUGAAAAAAGACAACCAACAAUCAAUGUAUUAUAGAUUUGAGUUCUGGUUUGUUAUUUGUAUGAACUGAAUAUGUGUGAAGAGUGGUCCUUAGUAAGCAAUGCUUCUGGAACAUACUGCUUUAUAUUCCCCAGGGUUAGCCUAUUCCCUCCGACCUGCCACUCCACAGCCAUUAGAAUAAGCUUUAGACCUCAAACUAAUGUGUAAAACAAAGAUGUUUUGUUUUUUAAAAGCAACUUCCUUUAUGAGCCAGACAAUAGAAUUCUACAGAGAGGAACUGCAUAAUAGUUAUUCAAAAUGCUAAGCUAAUCUUUUCUGCUGCUCUCUUGUCCCGUUGUUUCUAUUUUCCAGUUAUUCUUACAGUGAGGGGAAAAAGUAUUUGAUCCCUGCUGAUUUUGUACGUUUGCCCACUAACAAAGACA